CGACUUCUGCGGAACUCCUGACCAUAGACGCAUUUCCGGAGGACUGAGUUCACUGUGUCAGUUAGGACUUCCGGUUUCCACUACGGCGUAUGGCGGAGUUAGGGCGUCCUGCUCGGGAGGCACCAGCAGCCUCAAGCCGGAGAACUCAACGCGCUCCGCGCAGACCUCGGGUCGCCUGCUCGGCUUCCAGUGCCUCAGAUCCGCCCCUUCUCAGUCUAGGGCAAUCUGCUUGUGACUCUGCCACCAGGGUGCAUCCGAUAGACAACACUGUGUCGAUGAAGCAAAAGAAGAAGAAAAUCCCGAACAGGGUCUCUAGGACGAAUGGAGACGAAAAGAUCUCCGAGAAACCUGCCCUAGACGAAGCUCCCCCGAGUGCUGAAGCCCAGGCGGAACAACUGGCGAGGGAGCUGGCCUGGUGUGUGGAACAGUUGGAGCUGGGUCUCAAGAAACAGAGACCCACCCCGAAGCAGAAAGAGCAGGCUGUUGGGGCAAUCCGAACCUUGCGCAGUGAAAAAACCCCCUUGCCCCGGAAGAGACAGCUGAUGCGCUCCUUGUUUGGGGACUACAGAGCUCAAAUGGAUGCCGAAUGGCAGGAAGCUCUGAGGGCUCUAAGGAUUGCUACCCAUUCAGCCCGGGUACAGCUUGUAGGUGAGACCGCCAGAAAGAAAAAUGGGAGGGUCUGCAGGCCUCGCCCAGCAGGAAGAACCAAGGCCACUGUGGACUAUACUGAUGAAGAAUUUCGGUUCAAUUUCUUUUAGAUUCUCCUACAUUGUGGACUAAUCAUCCUCCUUCAGGAUGGUGUGGCCAUUUGUCUUGAAUAUAGGGUCUUUCUAGGAAUUCUCUCAGCAGAAGUGGGAUUGGUUUGUCCCUAACUGGUGUGUGGACACGAAGCUGCUGGUCAGGGCGAGACUCAUGUGGGAACUUCUUAAGGAAAUGUUCCUCCUGUCAGAAGAGAGGUGCUUUCUGAACUCCUCUGUGAUAAGCCUGAGUGUUGAGUAGGUUGUAGAAAGAAACGGUACUCCAGUCUCUGGGAGUAGCCAUUGGUGGUAAGGAAAUGUGUAAUUAUACAUGUGUGUAAUUAUACAUGGGUCCCACUUCUGAAAGAUUACCCUAAUAAAUAUUUUUUUUAAAGGAAUAGGUGAUGAGUGGAAGCAUGUGAUAUCUGUGGUAGAGGGAGUGAGAUGUGGUACAGCUCUGAUGUCAGGGUUUAGGCCUUUGUCCGUGUUGUCUUUUUUUUCUGAGGAGGUUAUCAUAUUCCAUGUUUUGUUCUUCAGAGCCAAGGAACUACUUGCGUUAACUUGAAUUGAGUCUUAACAGACUGUGUCUUUUUUU